AUGUCUGAACUUAUGGUAGCGGGAAAACCUAAACUCCAAGGCAGAAUCAAGAUUUCUGGAGCAAAAAAUGCCGUUCUGCCACAAAUGGCAGCGAGUUUACUGACGAAGGAAAAAGUCACUUUAACGAACGUGCCUGACAUUACUGAUGUUAGGGAUAUGAUAACCACCUUAGAGGCGUACGGGGUAUCUGUACAGUCUAAAGAUUGGAACGAAUUUAAUGGCGGUACUUUAGAACUACAAGCAGGUAUGCUGGUCGCGUAAGGUCUUAAUGAACGGUAUUAUUUUUCAGGAACUUUUUUAAAAUUUGAAUUCUAAGCGAGUUGAUAAUGUAAGGUCAAGGUAUUCUUAACAUUUUCUCUUUUUCUUUGGGAGGGAGAGUAAUUUAAUACUUGUGAGUCACAACUCUAGGUGGGUCCGCGGGGCAUGCCCCAGUGAAAAAAUUGUGGAGGCACUUGGAGAAAUAUGUAAAGGUCUUAAAAAUCACUUUUUGUCAAUUGGCAAUUUAAUUCAGUGGGAGACACAGUCACAUAGAGCGUUAUCGUAUUUUCAGAUCCGCCACUGGUAUUUUGAUUUGCGAUAUACCUAUUUUACUUCAUUUUAAAGGUUAGGAAUUUUUGGUUUCGUACUGGCUGAAGUUCUCAGUGUUUUAAGGAUUUUUAAACACGUCAAUAUCUCGACUUUUACUAGAAUAGACUUGUCAUCCUAUUGCAAUAGUUAAGUGUUGUGUGAAAACCAGCAUUACAGGGAGGGUUAGCCCCUUCCUCGUCCCCAGGGCCACGCUUGCUGAGCAACAAGAGGGCUAGCCCUACAUAUAGGAAUUACCAAUGGCUCGUUAACUCAAAAUUCGACUGAAAUUUCGACUGAAAUUUCGAAAAAAUGCACUUGAGUUGAGGUUUAAAAACUUAAUAACGUUAGCCAUAUUGUUAAAAGUUCAGUGAAGAUACGGAAACAAUAGUAUAUUUAUUACCUACAGCGAACAGCGUUCUAUUGAUCACUUCUACUUGCCGGCUAUGAAACUAGCAAUUGCAAUUACUCGGCUAGGCAAGGUAGACUGAUAUAUGUUAAUUACUGUACUCAUAGGCGUAGCAAUGUGCGUUUUUAUGAAAACAAUUACACAAAUCAUAAUAUAUCGUAAAUUAAUGUACGCAAACGAUUCUCAAGUAAAAAAUCUAGCUAACACCACGCACGUAAAGCUUAAUUCCCCAUUUUAAAGAUUCUCCCUUUUACAUGUAAAGAUUUCCCCUUUUAAAGAUUCCCGAUUCCUCGAUUGCCCAAUUCCCCAAUUCGCCGAUUCCCCAAUUCUCCGAUUUCCCAAUUCCCCGUUCCCCCUUUUAAAGAUAUCCUCAGACUGAUACAUGUUAAAUACUAUACUCAUAGCAGUGUGCGUUUUUAUGAAAACAAUUACACAAAUCAUAAUACUAUUAUAGUAAAUUAAUGUACAAAAAAGAUUCUGAAGUCCAGAAUCUAACUUCACCACGCACUUUAAAGCUAGAUUUCCCCGUUUAAAUAUUCCCCCUUUUAAAGAUUCCCCGAUUUCCCAAUUCUCCAAUUUCCCGUUCCCCUUUUUAAAGAUAGCCCUAGACUGAUACAUGUUAAAUAUUAUAUUCAUAGGCAUAGCAGUGUGCGUUUCUGUGAAAACUAGUACACGAAUAAUAAUAUAGGCCUAUCGUAAAUUAAUGUGCGAAAAAGAUUCUGAACUCUGAAGUCAAAAAUCUAAAAGGCACCACGCACGUAGAGCUAGAUUUUCCCUUUUAAAGUACCACCUUUUAAAGAUUACCCCUUAUAAAAAUUCCCUUUUAAAAAUUCCCCGAUUCCCAUUUCCCACUAUUAAUAUCCUCAAUUCCCCGUUCCCCCUUUUAAUAAUAAUUAAAGACAUAACAACUCAUGCUGAAAUCUUGAUAAACUGGAAGGUUUGGCUGGUUAACGAAAAUUCAUUUUGUUCGGUGUAGUGUUUCAUAAAAGUAUAAACAUUGUUCGCUUCCAGUCGCCAUUUCAUACAAAUAUAAUUAAUUGUUCAAGAUAAGCUUUAAGACCGCUAAAAGAAAUUCGUCAUUGAAACUUAAGCCGUUGAGGUUUAAUUUUAUUUGGAUUUACAAAAAAGUGAUUCAUGUUAACAAGGUUUCAGUUGGUUUCAGCAGUUUGCGAUGUGUCAAUGAAUCGGGCAAAGUCAAGGGCGAGAUCAGCAUAACCCGGAAUUCCAAUUCCUCGAUUCCCCGUUCCCCGGCUUUUAAACAUAGCUGCUCUUAAUUAUCAUCAUGACCUAUAGCUAUUCACUGUAAGCUAAAUUUCACAGUGAAAUUUUAAAAUCGAUCAUUCAAGAUUCUUUGCCAUAUGCUUGAUUUAGCAUCACUAAGACGUAAUAACAAACUACUACACCUUGCCUGGAUAUUGCUAAAAUAUACCAAAUUUAGUUCGAACUAUGUCGAGUACUUUGACCUUCCGGCCUAAAACAAGCCCCAACUGGUCCUACAUGUGCAUGGGGUUUCUCCUAUAUUCUUAGAAAAGGAUGACCUCAUUUCUAUUAAGCCAAAGGAUGCAUGAUUUGUUCCUCCUACAAGGCUGAAUAGUAAUUGCUUUAAUCGCGCUAUUCUAACUACUUCAUCCAAAUACCCAUUUAGGUGUAUAAAUUAUUGAAGUAGAAAUACGGAAUAAGACAAACCAUCAGGAAAAUACAUAUACGAUUUGUCCCUAAACAAUUGCCAGUAUAUAGAACGCCUUAUUACCAUUGCCAGUUUGUCGGUGUUGUGUUUAAACUAGAUUUAUAUGCUGUCAGAAGUUUGAUACAUAUCUUAACACGGCUUAUUUGCAUGUAAGUCUAGUAUAAAUCACGACAGUGUAUAUUAAUUAAAGAGCCGAUAUGUUAUGUUAUAUUAAAAUUUCCAAUAAAUAAUAUUAUUUUAUUUUUGGUAAAGUAUAAAAGUUUUAUACGAACCGAAAUAAGCCGCGGCCUCAAAGUCUCGAACUACUCGAAUUUGUUUGCCAAGCUAUAGCCUAAAUAAGCCGCGGCUUGUAGCAAAUUGAUUAUUUAUACGAGUCAUUCACGAUUUUUUAAUGGUUUCACAUAAUUUCUCCUGCAGUAGGACGUACUAUGAUAGUUUUAAGUGAAAAGGUGGAUAUUUUAUUAAAAUUUUAAAUGAAAAGGUUAUUAAUAUUCUACCUUCAAAAAGUGUUUAUAUUCUGAAAUUUCAUGCAAGAGUGCAUACCGCAACAUAUGCAAAUCUAAAUUCGGCGGGGUUUUCCCAACUCAAAUUAUUUUCUUACAUCAUCCGGACGUGAAAGCGCUUGCUGCGAAACUGCAUAAUUAACUGCAAGCCUUGCAAUAUUUUUUGAAAUGAGUCACAGACACAGUAAAAUAUUUUCCCUUCGAUUACAUUUUUUGCCAAAAAUAAAUCCCCCUCUCCCAUUUUCUGCCUAUAAAAGCGAGUGAAAUUGUUAGGUCCCUUCAUAUCGCAGCAAUUUAUCAACGAGUGUUCAGAGUAUAAAAAUUGCUUCAAAUUGAUUGAAAAAUAUAUAGUCUCAAAAAUGCCUGAACUUAUGGUAACGGGAGGACGUAAACUCCAAGGCAGGAUCAAGAUUUCUGGAGCAAAAAAUGCCGUUCUGCCACAAAUGGCAGCGAGUUUACUGACGAGGGAAAAAGUCACUCUAACAAACGUGCCUGACAUUACUGAUGUUAGGGAUAUGAUAUCGACCUUAGAGCCGUACGGGGUAACAGUGAAAUGGGACAAACCUAAUAGUACUUUAGUACUACAAGCAGGUAUGUCGAACGUGUUAAGUUCAUGCGAAAGAGGGCAAGAUUUUUCAAAUAUUUUUUAGGCCAUUAUACAUGUACGCGGAGAUUUUCAGUUAAGAUUUAGAUUCGAACUAUAUUGUAUAUUUAAAAGCGAGACGUUGAUAAUGUAAGUGAUUAAUUCCAAUUCUUAGGAUUUUGCAAUGGAUUUUCGGGAUUGACUUGACUUGUUAAACAGAUUAACGACUUGCGACUUGACUUAAACGUACAGUCGUGUAAAUAUCUAGUGAAAAUCAAGAUCUACAACUUAGCCAGAUUGGCAUAUCUCCCCCCAUUCAUGGUAAAAAGUAGAACUUGCGACUUGACUUACUACCCUUGGAGUGAAUGACUUGUGACUUGGACUCUAUUGCAAUAGUUAUGUGAACAAACCAUGCUUUCUAUACCAAAGUCGUACAUUCGUGACAUUUAUUAACUUAAUUGGUUUUUCUUCACAUGUAGGGAGCCCAACAUCUUCACUACCAGGAACCAAUGCAGGAGCCGAGAUUCGUGCUGCAUUUUUAGUUUUUGGUCCCCUGUUGGCCAGAACACGCAGGGUUGAAGUGUACAAGCCAGGGGGUUGUAAAAUUGGGAAGAAAGGCAGACCAGUUGACUAUCAUAUACAAGCGAUGAAGGACAUGGGAGCCGAAUUGAUUAAAGAGAGUGCUGAAGUCGUCUCUAUGAGGGCAGACUCUGGUCUAAAACCUGCAACAAUCACGUUUAAGAACAGUUCUGUUGGUGCGACGGAAACUGCCAUAAUGGCUGCAAGCCUAGUGAAAGGUAUAGUCUAAAGGUGGUAUUAGAAAAAAGACAAAGAAGUGAAUUGGUUGAUAUAUUGAAAACGUGUUAGCCGUUAAGGUCUAUAAACCAAAUAGGCAACCACUUUAGUAAUUAAAAUACUUACUAUGUAUACUCAUUGCAACCAAAUAACAAAUUAUCGAUCUUAUAUAAAGCAAACUAAUGUAUUACCUGAGGUAUACUAUAUACCUGCCUAAGUGAUCAAUGAAUUGACUAUCAAAUAUUGCAAACACAGCAAAUGACUAUAAUUGACUUGUGAAGUACUCAAACACUCAAAGAAAUAACCGACUAAUUUAACUAACAAUACCUAAUUAUAGCACUUCUAAUUAACAAAUUAAUUAACUAACUAAUUAAUUAAUUAACUAGGUGAGGUGACCAACCACGAUAUGUUAUCCACCUGACUGUCCGACAUGCAUGUUUCAGCACGAACUGAUAAGCUAGAACUAAAAAAGCAUAACUAUUACUUCUUAAGGUGAAACGGUGAUCCGAAAUGCGGCGAUUGAACCAGAAAUAUGUGACUUGGUUAAGAUGCUGGCAGAGAUGGGUGCACAAAUCACCAUUGAAAAAGAUGUGUUAAUCUCGGAAAAAAUUACUCCGUUUGGAAUAACAGAAAAGAUAGCGAAAUGGAAUGUGAUUAGAGUCCGUGGAUGCAAGUCUCUUGAAGGUGUCACUCAUCAGGUCAUGCCUGAUAGGAUUGAAUUUGGUACUUACGCCAUUGCUGCAGCUAUGACCAAUGGUAGGUACCAUGUUAUGGCUUUAAAGAAACACCUUUAUCAGUUUUAAACAAAUCUCAUACAAAGUCCAGGAAGGGUCAGGGACGCCGGAACGAUGUAAAGGCAAGGGGGGCAGAUUUUCGUGAAAGGGCACUUUUGAAUUGAUAUCUGACUAAGAGAUGCUGCAAAAUAUCGGAAGUUGAACUUCGCCUAAUCAUGUUUUCUAUUUAUUGGAUGAUAGGGGUGCGAGGGGGUUCUCCGCCAGGCGAUUGUGCUAUUCUUGAAGCUCGAUGACUGCAUUUCUUGCGUUUUCUGAAGCAAAUUUGUAAAAGAAUCGCACUAACAUUUCUGACAAUUCGUUAUCCCGCCAAGGCAAUCCUUUAAAUUGAAAGGGCGCCUUUUGCCCCCUUGCCCCUCCUGGUAAAGGGCAACGGGCGCGGCUGCCCCUCCUGCCCCCCAGUUCCGGCGUUCCUUGGAAGGGUCAUCCUUAGUUAGUCCCGUGUUAGUACAUGAAGAACUUGGAGUACUCGACAGUGUGGUAAAAAUUACCAAAAAAUAGAGUAACAAUUUAAAUUACUUCUCAAAAAAGGUAAUUAUUAUAAAUUACAAAUUACCUCCUUCAAAAGUAAUUAAUUACGAAUGACGCGAAAGACACAUGCUGUCACUGGGCAACCAAAACCGCAAUAGUUGAGCACACUAUACGUCCUUUUUAGCGCCCUUUCCUAUAAAUUAUCGCAUUCUCAAACAGCCUUUCAAACUAUUAAUUUCAACGUACGAAUUUAGGUAAAGUUGAAUUUGAAGUUCCAGAAGACAUGAAAGAAGACAUGUUGAAGGCGAUAUGCCAGCCGCUUGAUGCCGCUGGAGUUAAAAUAGAUCGCUACAGCCAAUAUGGCCUAAUUGUAAUCUCACUAAAGAAUGGCACCAUUACACCGGUUGAUAUCAAAACAGGUCCUUAUCCUGGUUUUCCCACUGACCUUCUACCACAAUGGGUGGCAUUCAUGACCCAAGCACAAGCCACAAUGACAAAAGAGUACGCAAUCAUACAUGAUAAAAUCUAUGAUGGUCGUUUCAACUAUGUGGAUGGUUUGAAGAAAAUGGGAGCCGUAAUUGAGAAAGUCAAUGAAAGAGAGUAUGGAGUGAAAGCAGGUACAAUAAAGAUUAUUACAGUAAUAAUAGUACUAGAAUAUGUGAGGGGCAAAGGAGAUAUUAAUUACCCCUGUCAGAUUUUGUGAUGAAAUUGAAUCAUGGAGAUUCUAAGCCCGUUUUACAUAUAGUAAGCUCUCUAUAUAUAUAUAUAUAUUUGAAGCAAGAACUUCAGUCAUUCGGCCUAUAAGAAAAGCGAAGCCAAAAUUGUGGAAUUGCUGUCCAAUACAUAUGAAUGUUGUAAACAGGUUUAAUACAACCCCCCCCCCCCAGCUAUUCCAUUUUUUUUCUAAUUGCUAAUCAAGUAUUCAAAUUAUCAGUUCAUAAAACCGUUAUAUUACUCCUUAAAUCGUAGUCAAAAUACGAAAUUUCGGUACACUAGUAAAACAAUAGAAAGAGACUGUCUAAAACUGACGUCAAGUAGCUCCAUCUUUGGCUUUACGUUUUGGACUCGAGGCAGCCUAGACCUAGGCCUUCUAUUUUUAUUUAUAUUUUUUUAAUAUUCAGCGCUUUUUCACAUGAAAAGACUGGGACUAGGUAAUUAGGGGGCGGAGGAAGGACACAAGCCUGACGCAAGCGAUUCCUCCGCCCCGCCCCCAAAUCACCUAGUCCCAGUCUUUUCAUGUGAAAAACCGCUGAAUACUAAAAAAUAUAAAUAAGACUAGAAGGCCUAGGUCUAGGCUGGACUCGAGGUACAAAGCCUGAAAAAACAUCAAAUUCAACCAAAAUUUGAUAUGCUUACCCAUGACAAACUAGCCUGCUCGCAGGCUAAUGACAAGCGUACAGUAUGGACUUAUCUUACUGACAAACAAAUACAAAAGCAAACCUAGCUAUAGGUGAAAACUUACUGCCUAGUGCUUCCUGGCCAAAGUACUAAAGUAAUAUGGAUUAGUCACAACUAUAAGUCCUACAAGCUUAAGUUUAAAAUAAUGCAUGUUAUUUAUGACAGGUUCAAAGCUGAACGGGACUCGUGUUGAGGCUACAGAUCUUCGUGGCGGAGCGGCCUUAGUCCUUGCUGGACUGGUUGCUCAAGGCUCAACAGUGGUACGAAAAUUUGAAUUCAUCCAGCGUGGUUAUCAAGACAUGGUGGGAAAAUUGAAUAAAUGUGGUGCCAAUUUGAAGAUCCUUAAAGAAACCCGUCCUGGUUUUCAUGGUGGACCAGGCCAUUUCUAA